AUGCGGGUGCUGACUGAAGUGGGCAGCAUGAUCCGAGCGGCUGAGAAUGCGGCAAAUCCCCAGGUGCUGCAGCUCGACGCGACAGAACCUGCGCGUCCAAAGAUUCCGGGGCGAUUUUCCGCACCGAUGAAAUUCACCACUUUUGACACAGGCUACAAUCAAACUGGCAACGGAUUCUUUGCGCAGGACAAGGAUCAGCAGGCCAUGCGAGUAGAGACCAUGCGACCCAGUGUGGGUUUGGGCGAUCUGCUGAUCAAUGCCACGGAUCUGGUUGUGCAGAACAAGUCCUAUGUCAUGACUGGUGGUGAACAUCCCAUCUGUCGGGUGCUGCCUUUCUUUGGUCAGCAGAGAUUUACCGAUUUCUUCUCCUGGGCCUCUAAUCCUCAGCUGUCGGCCUACCGGGGUCAGCGGCUGGUGGCUGGACGGCCCUGCACUAUUUGGGCCUUGCGCUUGAAAGGGUCGCACAUCAGCCUGUGCUCAGAGGGUAACAAUCCAGUGGAGUUGAAUGUGACCCUUCCGAGGAACAACAGUGGAGGAGAUGUCUAUAACUUCACCUAUCAUUUUGGCACCUUGAGCACCGGAAGCCAUGAGGUGCCCGAGUAUCUCUUUCAGAAGCACCAGAUCUGCGACUCCGUCGCCCCAGCGUGUGAGAACGGCCGUGGGGUGGCGCCUGUGCCCUUGGAUGCGUACAUUUUCCAUCCGGGCAUGUCCCAUGCCGACUACAACAUCGAGGACCAAAAUGUGGCGGAUCUACCGGGUGACGCUUUGUUCAUUUGCACCAUGCGGCUAUAUCAAGAGGGCCGUUUAGACCACAACUACACCUUGAUCUCACGCUAUUCUCUGGAAGUCUCGCCAGCGUUUGGACAGUACGCUGCGUGCAACGGUUACCCCAACACCAAGCCACCAGGGCCUCAUUGCUUCGGCGGGGAUGACCGUCUGGUGGGCCGAGAAGGAAGUUUUUCAGCAGGGGAUGGGGAGGGCCGAUGCGUCCGGGAGAACCACGUCGGCUUUUGGUAUGGGCUGCCCAAGAAAGGUCGGUGCCCAGCUGGCGAAGCACCUGGCAAGGAUGCCUGGUCCUCUGGCUGCACCUGGUCUUUGAAGAAGCGUGUGAAGACCAUUCGCCAGGAUUGCUUGCUGAAGGAUCAGGAUUACCUGAAGUACUGCAAGGCGGAUGUGCUGGAAAAGAAAGGCUUUACAAGGAGCAUCAAGGCCUUAGAGGCCGCUUUUGCCUCGGAGGAUCCAUCGAUGGGUGGUUGUGCCGAUAUUGGUGGACCAAACACUGACGAGCGUCUUGCCGCCGUGAUCGUUUGA